UCGGGAAGAUGUCAGCUUCUACGGCGGCGGGGCUUGGGUCAGCAGCAGAGCUUCUUUUGCAAAAACUUGAGCUAGCGGGAGCUAAUGGGGAGGUCGGGAUCUGUAGCCUGGAGACGGCCGUCGCACUUGGCCUGGACCAUCAAGUGCUGGUGGGAGCCGUGAAGAGCUUGCAGUCGUUGGGGGAGGUGAUUGAGGCAGAGCAGCGCACAUCCAAGAAGUGGGAGCUGACACCUGAAGGCCAUGAAAUUAUCCAGGAAGGCAGCCAUGAAGUCCGGGUGUUUAACAGCAUCCCUUCUGAGGGCCUGGUCCAGAGUGAACUAAUGAAGCUGCCAAGUGGCAAAGUAGGAUUCAGCAAAGCAAUGUCCAACAAAUGGAUCCAGCUAGACAAGAGCUCUGAAGAUGGCCCCCGAGUCUUCCGGGUGGUGGAAGCAGUACAGGACUCUGUGAGGGAGAAACUGCUCCAGGUACAUCAGGGAGAGGCUGACAACCUAGAAGAGAAGGACAAGAAUGAACUAAAGAAACGGAAGCUGCUGUCAGAAGUGACUGUUAAGACAUACUGGAUCAAAAAAGGGAAUGCUUUUAGUACUACAGUCGCCAAGCAAGAAGCAGACCUCACUUCGGAGAUGAUUGCUAGUGGUUCUUGGAGAGACUUGAAUUUCAAGGCUUAUAACUUUGAGGCAAUGGGCAUUAUGCCAGAAAGUGGCCAUCUGCACCCACUGCUAAAAGUCCGCAGCCAGUUCCGACAGAUUUUCCUUGAAAUGGGUUUUACAGAAAUGCCCACUAAUAACUUCAUUGAGAGCUCCUUCUGGAACUUCGACGCCCUCUUCCAACCACAGCAACAUCCAGCCCGGGACCAGCAUGACACCUUUUUUCUCAAGGAUCCUGCUGAAGCCACCGACUUCCCCAUGGAUUAUCUGAAGAGGGUAAAGAGGGUUCAUUCACAAGGAGGCUAUGGCUCUCAAGGGUACAAAUAUGACUGGAAGCUGGAGGAGGCUCGGAAGAACCUCCUAAGGACGCACACCACCGCUGUUAGUGCCCGCAUGCUCUAUCAGCUGGCACAGCAGGAGAAGUUUAUCCCAGUCAAAUAUUUCUCUAUCGACCGUGUCUUCCGGAACGAGACCCUGGAUGCCACCCACCUGGCAGAGUUCCACCAGAUCGAAGGGGUGGUUGCCGAUUAUGGCUUGACACUGGGGGACCUGAUGGGUGUCCUGAAAGAGUUUUUCAACAAAUUGGGAAUUACCCAGCUGCGCUUCAAGCCUGCCUACAAUCCUUACACAGAGCCCAGCAUGGAGAUCUUCAGUUACCACCAGGGAUUGAAGAAAUGGAUGGAGGUGGGCAACUCGGGGGUCUUCCGCCCAGAGAUGCUGCUGCCUAUGGGCCUGCCUGAUGGGGUGUCUGUCACUGCCUGGGGAUUGUCUUUGGAACGGCCCACCAUGAUCAAGUAUGGUAUCAAUAAUAUCCGGGAGCUGGUUGGUCACAAAGUCAAUCUGCAGAUGGUAUACGACAGCCCACUUUGCCGUUUGGACGCCUAGUCUUUCUCUUCAAACUCCCCUAUUUAUUAGCAGUGCUCCUUGCUGGAGCCUUUCAUGGGGGCCAGUCACAGUUGCCCCACAGUUCUGUUUCCUUUGGGGGAACAUGCAUAUGGUUGCCUGUGUUGGACCCCUAAGCUGUAUCAUUUGGAGGGAUCGAAAGUGAGUGGGCUUUCCUUCCUUCUAGCCCAAGUCAUAUUCAUUAAAAGUGUCUCAGUCUGGAGUCUGUGAGAGUGCAAAUUCUCAGGCAGGCAUAGCUACAGUUUCACUAAUCUGGCUCUCUUGCUCUAGCUAGGCAGUGUUGCCAUUGUGACCUGUGGAAAUGUGGCACAAUUGGGGUAAGAACUUCUAUAUCUUUCACUACCUUCAUGGAAUCCUGAGGCAAUGUGACUCUCCUGCACUUGCCUGGGAGCAGAAAAGACCAUCAUCCUGCACUUCUGCUCUAUGUGCCAUUUCCCUUUCUCUUCUUGCUUUGAUAUACUUAGCACACUCUCCCCUUUGCUAGCUUCCUUUCCGCUUAACUUAUCGCCUCCCCUAUACCAUCUUGCCUCCAUGUUUCUAUUCAACAGACUUCUUCCUGCUCCCAGUUCUUCUCUGGCAUGUUCUCUUGGAAGCCAGUGGUCAGGACCUUUGUUGAUUUAAGAAUAUUCUAGAGGAGGAUUCAGGAUAUGUCAUGAGAGGAUGAUAGGUGGGUCUGUGCCACCUUUUCUCACAGAAAGACACCUCCUUGUAGAAGUAGAGGGAGGAGAUGUUGGGCAUGGGGCUCACUGAAUAUUUGGCCACUAUCCUUGCCACCACAGUGCUGCUCUGGUAAGCAGGUUUCAGAGCCUCAGUUGAGCAAGCUCUGCACCAGAAUUGGUAUGGUUUGGAUCUGGAGUUAAACGAAGAUGGAAUAUGUGUUGUACAGCUCUGGGGAGUCUUGCUGGAGCAUGAUAAUGCUCAGACUCUAAAGAACAAGAACUCUGGUCAGACCAGUGCCGCAGAAGAAAGGAGAGCUACUCUCCCUUGUGUUGCCUACUGCAAUUGGCUGUAACAUUUAUCAACGAGGAACAGCAGCAAAACAGUUUGAAUUUAUUUUUAAUGUAUAAAAAUACCUCUUUUGAACAGCUGGGCUAGAGCCCUCACAUUCCUCAAUCUUUGAUUGCUCCGUGACUGGGGGCAAAAUCCCUGACCACGUGAAGUUUCUUCUGCCAACAAAAUGCCUGAAAUCUCUUGCCUGGCAGUCUCUGCCUCUUUGUCCGGUGUGAAAGAUGGCUGUCUUCUCAGCCCCAAAGCAGCCACAGCAGAGAGAACUCGCUCAGCGCAGGGGGUGCAGUGUCUCUGAAGCAAGAAAAGGUGGCUAAUGCUGCUUGGGCUGAGGCUAUAAACUAAAACAAGUCUCCUGGUGCCUGAGUUCAUGCCAGAGGGGAGGCAGAUGAGUCCCAAAGGGGCAGCAUCUACGCAACUCUGGGCAGGAGCAGGUGACACAACUGCCUCCCCACAGUCGACGGGUCCUUUGUGUGCUGUGACACCUUUUGUCCAGCCACUGUGCCUGUUCCCUCUUGUGCAGCUCAAGAAGCUGACAACUUGAUCCUGCCCCUUCGUGCGACUGUCCCUUCCUGCAUGGCCAUGCUGCUCACUUCUCCACAGUCCUUACGUCAUCGGGGGAGCCUCUUCCAGGUUUAUGUGCACCUCAGUGUGGUGCGUUGAGCAAGUGCAGGUGCAAGUCUUGGGUGGAAGGGAGGCAUGAAGGCCUGAAAGAGGUAGGCGUUCUGGCUGUUCCUUGUCAGACUCCUCAGGCUCUGGACCUAGCAGGCAGUCUAAAAGGAGAAAUGAACGAACAUAUGAAACCUGCCUUGUCUAUGUGAGUCCAGUACUGUCUAUGCAAAGUGGCACCACUGGGUUUCCAAGGUUUUAAGCAAUUCAGCUCCUAAAUCUGCCACCUGAAAUCCUCUUAAAAAAUAGGUCGGGGGCCUUAUGCUGUCCCAUUGUGCUAUUCUCCAUCCCUUAAAGCAGGGAAAGGGGCAGCAUGUGGCCUCCAGUUCUUUUGACCUUCAACUUCCAUCCACCCUCACUAUUACCUUUGUUGGCUAGAGUCAAUGACAACUGUAGGUUAAGUUAUCUGGCGGGCCACAGGUUACCUACCUGUGUCUUAAAGUUGCCCUCUAGUUUGCCCCUUUUGUAAGAAAAGCACUUUAGACUUAUGUAGGAGGAAGAAUCUGGGCACUAAAGAAAAUGAUGAGGAUAGCAGCCCUGAAUUACAAUCUUGCUCUCUGGCUUGAUGUAAAUGAAAUGCAGCUACUAGUUCUAGCUGAGUAUCAUGGGCUAGCUAGUGCCCUCCCCUUCUCUUGCUUGGGGUUGUGGGAACAGGCAUUCAGAGAGGCUUUCCUGCUUCCUGAGAAACAGACUAGGAAAGACAGUUCAGUCCAUUCAUCCUCAUUUGAGUGCAAGGCCUUGGAUAGGGAUAACAUAGUGUCCCACCUAAGACUCCACGAAUAACCUGGUGAAAGUUAGCUGGUGUGGACAGGUAGUCUCCUUUCAGAUUGACUUUAAAAUUUGCAGCACAUGAUUACUUUGUUCUGCAGCAGAACACUUUUUGAUAGAGUCAGUGUAAGAUACAUGCCCAGUUUAACUGCAGCACAGUUCCGUGAGAAAGGAGGGCAAGCAAAUAGUUCAGGAUGGUUGCAUUCAGUUCCAGGUGGGCAGGUGGAAAAAGAACGAUGGAAAAGGGGGUGUUACGAGUACUUGAAGAAAGCAUUCUGACCUCUUCCUGCACUCAUGUCAUACUUGACUGCAUCUUGAAAGGGUUUGACUCUCAGAUGCUUCCCAGGAAGGCAGGGAAUUACUCAACAGCAUUCAAUGAGAGAGCCAUUAACUUCCUUAAUCUUUAAAACAGCCCUUUGAGGUAGACCUGCCCAUUACCACUGUCUGAGCCUUAAGGCUGAGUGGGGAUUUGAAGCCUGGUCUCCCUGUUAAAAGUGCAAAUGCUGAUGUGCAAGGUAGAGUCUUCGCUUUUAUUUCUUGGGAAUAAUGGUGUUCUUAUGCCUGAGCUGCUUCAAGAUGAGAAAAAAUGUUAGAUGUUAAUGGCACAGUAGCUAUAUUGAGAAGCUAGGCAUGCUUGGAAAUCUUGUUUGGCACACUUUUGGAAGAGAGCUGAACUGAUUUGCACUUCACAUACCAGAUGAACAGAAUACAGUUAUCCUUCCAAUUCCACAGUUCUCCAAUUUUUCCCCAUGCAGUUUUUGGCUUAAACUUACCAAAAAUGUAUAUAAAAUGCAUAUUUUAGUAUAAAAUGCAUAUAAAAAGUA